AUGGAGGGUCUAGUCUACAAGUCAAUCAAAGUCUACCUUGCCGCUAUUGUCAGCCUCAACGCCGAAACUGGACACACUGAGGACAUUGCAUCUAACAACAUGCUGCGCCAUGUACUACAAGGUAUCAAACGCGAUCACGGUGACCCCAUUCGCCCAAGAUUGCCAAUCACAAUGACACUAAUGCGUAAAAUCAAGAAUGCUCUCAGGUCGCACCCUGCGAUUCAUGUCAAUGACAAACUAAUGCUGUGGUCUGCUUUCACCUUAGCUUUUUUCGGGUUUUUACGAGUUAGUGAGUUCACCGCCACAUCAGCUUCAAUAUUUGACAUCGAUGGUACCCUUCUCGGCUCAGACGUACAGCUCACAGACGAUCUUAUCGUCACCAUUAAAGCUUCUAAAACAGACCCGUUUCGCCGUGGCCAAGUCGUCACCAUUGCACCUACGCAGUCAUCUAUUUGUGCGGUUCGCGCAUUCCGCAACUACAACCCGGCAGCCCUCAACGCACCAGCGUUCUGCUUCACGAACGGCAAAUUCCUUACGCGUCAAGCUGUAACAUAUCACCUUCGCGACCUACUCCUUCGUGCAGAAGUUCCAAAUGUGUCUAAUUAUGCCAGUCACAGCUUUCGCAGUGGUGCAGCAACAACAGCUGCCGAGGCCAACCUCCCCGACUGGCUGAUAAAAGUCCUAGGACGAUGGCGUAGUGACGCAUAUCAGCUGUACAUUACCACACCAACUGACAUUAUUCGUAAAGUACCAGCAACGCUUGCUCAACAUCGCUGA